AUGGCUGUCGAAUUACUGUUCACAACAUUACCGAGCUCAAUUAGAAAUAAAAUCAUUUCGUAUUUACCCCAACAUUCAUUACUAUGUCUAUCACAAACAAAUUAUGAAUUUUAUCAUCCAUGUUUACAAAAAUUGUAUCAGAAAAUAAUUAUAUCAGAAACUCAACCGAUACAACAGCACUCGAAAAGAGGAGUUGAUUUUCAAAAUAGCAUAAACACUAUAAUUUCGGGGAGAUCAAAAUUUUCGAAAAACAAGAAUUUAGAAUUGAAAGUGAUCAAUGCCAGAAUCUUAAUAUUAAUUCAAGCUUUAAAAAUUAAUGUCGAGUUGAUAGAAUAUGUCAAAGAGAUUUAUAUUUUUGGAAACUUUAAUGAAGAAAUUAGAGAUAGUCUACAAGAAUUGAUUGAUAUAUUUCAAACUUUGGAUAUAUGCCAUAUUUUUAAUGCAGAAUUAAGGUCAAACAUUAAUAUGUCUCACUUGCAAUUAAAAUCAAUCAUUGUUGACGAAAACACAAUAAUUAAUGGUCCGAAAAAGGAGUUGAUAAUAAGUGAAAAUCAAAAUUUGGAUUUAACAAGUUUAACAAAUAUACAGAGUUUGAUUAUAGCAAAAGAUAAUUUCUUGGAUUAUUAUAAAUGGUGUGAAACAAAUAUUAUAGGACCACAAAUAUUUUUAAAAAAGCUAAAGAAAUUCAAACUCGUUUUCCAUUCCUCGGAUCUACAAUUAUCUGGAAAUUUGAUUUCUAGAAUCAAUUGGUUGACCAUAAAAGAACUAGAACUAGUAAUACCGUGUUCGAGCUCAGAUGAAAAUUACGUAUUAGACUGUUUAGACUUAAUACCAAUUAAUAUACCGACGUUAAGAAAGCUUUCAAUUGUUCAAGGUUCAGUUUUUGAAACUCAUUCAUUAAACGAGUCAUUUGAUUUAAACAUUUUAAAUUUCAUAUCAAAUUAUAUCUCCAAUCUAUCUUAUUUAUCAAUAAAACAUAACACACCACAAUUUGGUAAUUUUUCAGAUGGAGUUGAAGGAAAUUAUCAUAGAAGAUUUGAAACUUAUUUAUCAUUACUACCUAAAAUUAUAACUAAAUCCGAAAGUCCAAAUUUCAUUUUAAAUCUACCAAAUUUAUUUCAAACUUUUGCUUGUUAUGAACAAAAUAUGAAUGCGAUAUUAUGGAAUGGAUGUAAAUGUGAUUAUUGUGACGAAUAUUUAAAUAAACUCGAUGAAUUUUUAUUUCGUCAUAAAUAUUAUUCAAAAAAAUUAAACAAAUAUAAGGAUUUGAAUGUUUCUCAUUUAAUGUCGAUCAUAGCGAAUGAAUUAAAUGAAAGACAAAUUCAAGAGUCAAGUUUAACACAACUUGAUCAAUUAUCAUUCCCUCUAUGGAAUAAUCUAUGGGAUUUUCAUUCUAUUCCAAAUUCAAAAGAUUUGAAAUGUUUAGAUAAACAAACUGUGGAUUAUGGAGAAUAUUCAGAUGAGGAUUUAAUUGAUGAAGAAUUAAUAGCAAAUUGUGAGUUUAAUUCAAAAUUAUAUCAACAUAUCCCCAAGGCAAUUAGUCAUUAUAUAAAUACAAUGAUUCAAGAAGUUUUAAAUCUUAAUAGAGGAAAUGCAGAAGCAAGAAUUGAUGAAUUAACUAAUUUACAAUUUAAAGAUGGUGGUGAUAUAAAUAUUGAUACUAAAUUUAAUUUAAGAAAAAUUAUUAUUAAUGGAUUCAUUUAUAAUUUCGGUAAUGAAAUUAAUGGAACUCAUUUUUAUGAAGUCGUGUAUAGUUAG